AUGAACUAUGACAGAGAGAGCGGUCAGGUGUACUCUGAAGAGGUGAUUCGGGUUGUGCCGCCUGUCUCCAAGCAGAGAGGAUUCGGGCGGAUGGGAUACGAAUGGGCUCACGAAUCUCCAUUCCUGCCUGCGGGAUGGGAGGCGUACGGUCCUGUUGGCGCGCAUUCUCUGAAGCAUAUGGCCAUGAGAGCCGUGUUAUCUGACCAGCGCACCCUGAGCUUCUCGCACUUUCAAGGCAUCCCUUGGUUGAUUGCGAAGUACCUUUGGGAAUGUCUAGAGCGAAGCACCAAGAAAAGCCUGUACAUGUGGAAGAUCUAUGCAACCGUUUACCCUAAAGAGUUCAACGAGAUAGCUCGCACCUAUUUCCUCAUGCCAAGGACCAAAAAGAUGCCUGUCAGCAAAUACCUGAAGUUUAUAUCUUCAGCAUCAAGGGACUGGCUGGCCGUCCUCAGCCUGUCGGUCGAGUAUUUCGAGCCUCAUGACGCCCUCGAGGUCGCCAAUGUCCCCAAUCUAUUCGGCUUGGAACUCUGCUCCAAGCCCCCACGCAGGCAGCUCGGGCCUGGAUCCGGCGUCUCCAUAACCGAUCGCGAUAUCAAAGGAUGGAGCGAGCAGGCUCUCACAGGCCAAGCGUUCGGCCAUCUCCGGAUCCUCAUUCUCCGCGCCCAAACGAGCUUGACGGAGCACAUAUUUGCAUACCUUGAUGCGUUCCCAUCACUGAAAGUGUUCAUCAUGCAAGGCUCUCCGAGGCUAUACAGUAAAGAGGCGAUGGAGAUGGCAGCAGAGCAUGGCUGGAAACCAUCCACCAUCAACACUGAAAACAGUAGACUUCACAAGGUUAUAGAGGGCCUGGGUAGCAAACUAGAAGCCCAGCAACAAAUGGACUACCAGUUGCACACGAUCAAUGCUGGGCUAGUCGUGCAUUUUGCUCUUUUAGUUCGCGACUUGCGGUACGAUACACAUAAAGAGAUACUCUUCAUGAGGAAACACCCGCCGGGUACGGAUCAUUUGAGCUCACAGGGGGGAAAGAGGCUGAAAGCCCAUAGCUGCUUAGACAGGGACCCGUCUACACCCGGUCUGAAAAAGAGAAAACUAACAGUAAAGGGGAUUUAUCAGAAAGACAUGAAGCGCCUCCUCGACGAAUUCAACCAAAUCUUGCUAUUUGACCGUAUUUUUCUUCAUUUUGGGCUUGCGGGAAUCGCCUGA